AUGGCUCACAGAUACUCAACGGCGGAGAAAGGAAAGUGGAUCCCUGUACCCUCCCAACAAGAGAGACGCACACCCAUUAAGAUCCCAGAGAGUGACAACUCUACGCUCAUUGAAGAAAAUAAACUUACCCUGAUAGGAAGAGUGAUGAACCCACUAGUCCAAAAACCUCACUGGGUAGUAGAAUGGCUCUCUCAGUUCUGGAAUCUCAACGCGGCUGUUGUGGGAAGACCCCUAGGUCCAGAUCUGUUCAGCUUCAAGUUCGAGACAGAGGAAGACCUAGCAAACAUUCUUCGCAAGUCCCCCUACCACUACAAGAGAUGGAUGCUCGUCCUCCAAAGAUGGGAACCUGUCAUCUCCAACGACUACCCCUCCUCCAUCCUGUUUUGGGUCCGGAUCCAUGGGGUCCCGCUACACUACUGGCAAACAAUAACAUUCCACUCCAUUGGGAAAGCUCUCGGUAGAAUCGUUGAUGAAGAUAUCCCAGAGGGAAGGCUACGUCUAGAACUAAACGGACUGAAGCCGUUGGAAAUGAAGCUACCAAUCAGUAUACCUUCCGGGGAAGUCAUCUGGAUUACUCUAGAAUACGAAAAGCUUGAAAAGCACUGUUUCCACUGCUACUCCCUCAUGCAUGAGGAAAAGGAAUGCCCUCUAAAGCCCGCUAACACAACCACAGAACAAACUACCAGGGGAAUAAACCAACUCAACACGGUUUCAACCCUAGAAGAAUAUAGACGGAGGAACCAGAAUAGACUGGGAGACCUUCCACCAAGAAGACCUGAAGCUUCACAGAAUAGAGAAAUCUCCAGUUACCACCACAGAGAUUUACAACCCCGGGAAAGAGACCAAUCUCGUUCUGACAACAGGAGAGACUACUCUCCCAGGAAAUCAAGAGUCUUGGAAGAGCGCCUCCGCUACCCACCUCAUUGGGAUUCUCAUAGAAAUGCCAGCCGUGAAUACAACCGCCUGGAUGACAGGGCUUCGAGCAGAGGAGACUCUCGGCUCCACUUGAAGGAAAGAACUCCUCAAUACUUCAGACCCAUAGCUCGGAACGACAAAGAACCCUCCUCUAAAGCGGGCAGCAAAUCAGAAAAUGCUGACAUAACUAGCCCACCGAGAUUCAUUUCAGACAUCCAAGGUAACUUGCACAGGACCACACCUCAACCCUCCCAAAGAACUCAAAUCUCUCAUACACCCUCACCAACCCCUUUAAGAGAACCUAUGUUAUUACCGUCGCAUACGGAAGUAGGGGAAGGCAUCAUCCCAUCAGCUCAACGCAGAUCAGCCUUGGACAUAAUUUCUUCACAAAGUCCCCCAGUCCCUCCAAGGAGCCACGAGGGAUCUAGUCUGCUCUCUGAACGUCUCCAGGAAGUGAAAAUCCAGUACGACGAAAUCAUUGGAGACAAACCACAAGGAAAACAGCUUCAACCUCUAAAACAAUAG